ACCGCAAUUUCUAUUGCAUUGACGCUGUUAUUUGUGUUAGUUUUGUGUGCCUUGUUGUCUGUGCUUUGUGACGCACCAAUUCAGUGCAUUUUUCAGCAAGGAAAAUUGUGAUAUUGCAGGUCAGGAGGAUGACUGCUCUAGUGUACUGUUCAUUGAUUGCGGUUUCGUGUCUUUGUGGAUACUUAAAUGCAACAGAUGUUACUCCAGGACGAACUGCAGUAAAGCCAGGAGAGUGUCCACCCCAAACACCUGGAAGCUCCUGUACCAGGUUAUGUGACUGUGACUCUAGCUGUCCUGACAAUGAGAAGUGUUGCAGCAAUGGAUGUGGACGUUCCUGUACAUCUCCUUAUACAGUGAAGCCUGGUCAAUGUCCCAAAACGAAGAGCGUUCCAGGAUGUGCUGAAAGCUGUUUCCAUGAUGGCCAGUGUCCUGCCGCACAGAAGUGUUGCCCAACCACCUGUGGCCAUGUAUGUAGUGAACCAGAUGAUCAGGAAAGUGAUGAGGCAAGUGGUCAGGGAUACGGAGGUGGUUAUGGACAAGGAAGCGGUCAGGGUUACGGAAGUGGUCAGGGAAGUGGUCAGGGUUAUGGAAGUGGCCAGGGAAGUGGUUACGGCCAGGGAAGUGGUUAUGGCGAGGGACGUGGUCAGGGUUUCGGUAGUGGGCAGGGAAGUGGUUACGGCCAGGGAAGUGGUCAGGGGUACGGAAGUGGUCAGGGAAGGGGGUACGGAAGUGGUCAGGGAAGUGGGUAUGGUCAGGGAAGUGGUCAGGGUUUCGGAAGUGGUCAGGGAAGUGGUUACGGCCAGGGAAUUGGUCAGGGGUACGGAAGUGGUCAGGGAAGUGGGUAUGGUCAGGGAAGUGGUUACGGAAGUGGUCAGGGAAGUGGGUAUGGUCAGGGAAGUGGUCAGGGUUAUGGAAGGGGACAAGGUCAGGGAAGCGGUCAGGGUCAGGGACAGGGACAAGGACAGGGUCAAGGUCAGGGACAGGGUCAGGGGAGCGGACAGGGACAGGGUCAGGGACAGGGUCAGGGGAGCGGUCAGGGACAGGGUCAGGGGAGCGGACAGGGUCAAGGUCAGGGACAGGGUCAGGGGAGCGGACAGGGACAAGGUCAGGGACAGGGUCAGGGGAGCGGACAGGGACAAGGUCAGGGAAGCGGACAGGGACAAGGUCAGGGAGGUGCUUGGGGAAAUGUUCGGGCACGUGGUCCCAGUCAGGGAUGUGGUCGGGCACAUUAAUACGUGGGCUUUUUUGCAUGGAUACUUGUUGGAAUCUUUCAAUUCAGUGCUCUUAUUCAUGGAUUCCCCCACCCCGUUUAAAUGGUUCAGAAAGAUUUGUCACCAUUCCUCAAAUAAACAUGCUUGAUUGCAGA